AUGCAGGACCUCAACUGGGCCCUGGCGGAAAAGGGCACAAAGGUUGUGGAGGUUUCCCACGAGGCUGCACAUGUCGCUAGUUCCGCCACGAAUCUUCUUGUGGACCGUGAAGAAUUACUUUGGAUAACGGGAGAUGCUCCGCAGCACGUAACGCUGAGGUUAGCGAAUCCCCAUCCACCACUAAAUUAUGUUGGAUGGCACGUUUGGCACGAUUACGUCACCAACCCCAAAACUGUGGAGGUGGCGACGGGUGAGUCUCCUGAUGAAAUGGUGGCACAAAUCGUGUGUCAGGCAGUUGCCGGGGCUGGCACGCAGAUUUGGAAAUUGCCAAGUCCCAUCCCCGCCAAUCACUUAUAUGUACGCAUGAAGAUAGUUGAAACCUUCGGGCCGGGGCCAACUUACUUGAAUAAUUUGGUACUCUUCGCUGAUGACCCCGGAAGUCGAUUCCGCAUACUCCGCGGCGAAGAGAGGGAUAAAUCAAUGGCCGAUCCGAGAAACUUGUCUUCGGGUAAAAUGAGCGUUCUCCUUCAAGAGUUAGGUCAGGACAUACGAUCAUUACAUCCCAUCAAGACAGUAGCUUCAAAAAAAAACAUGCUACUUUACGUUCCCAAGGAACCGGAUGCCGUCAUACGUCCCCAGGGGGAAGAGGAUGUUACCUUUCAAUCGUCGUCCCAACACGCGAAUAAUAUAACACCGCGGUGCGGAACAGAUAGCGCGAGGCAGUGCCAUCUAGACUCUGGAAGUGGUUUUCAAGCUUCCAGUGACUUUCCAGGUGGUUUCAACGAACGGUUGUGUGCACUAGAGCAGGCGGUCGCAUCUCUAACUCAAACAAUGAAUCAUCAGCGUGAGGAUCUUACGAUGAUUAAACGCCUUCUGCUUCAACAGGCUACAGACAGGCGGCGGGAGAUAGAACGCCAGGGUAACGGCCCAGGCAUCGCGUUGCCGCAACAUGGCACCCACCCUGUGUCUCACCAUCAGGUUUGCGUGGACUUUCCUGAACGAGCCCUUCGCACAUUUGUGGAGGAAGUCGUGAGGCCGAAGCUGCAAAAGCACUCUAGACGGACUGAGACUCAAACUAUAGCAAAGCUCGAUGAAUUCUUAAAGGACGUUAUUGGGGAAAUGACCCAAGUAGUGGAUGAACGAGUUCGGUUCCACAUUCAGCGGGCCUCGUGCAAUAGCAGCGUCAGUACAGGGUUUCAUGCCUCGUGCAGCGGUGGGAGCCUCCAACCGUGCUCACCACACCUGUCGGUCAGCGGCGUGAAUGCCAGCAGACCAUCAGUCAUUGCGGAUUCCUCUAUUCCCCAAACUAACGGGUUCCCACCGGGAUCCUUUUCAUCUUCGGUUCAUGGGUAUUCUGCUGCGGCUAGGCAUAAUUCACCUGCAACCUCUUGUCACGAUCCUAUCAGCGUACCCUCUACGGCCGUGCGUGAUGUGUCGUUCGAAGUGGAUAUGACCAGCACAAGGAACACGACACCCAGACCACAGUAA